GCGCGGGCGGAUCCCCCGGGGCAAGCGAGGGCGGCGGCCGCCAGGAGGAGCCCGGGAAGGGCAGGGAGGGGACGGCACGCAGCCGGCGGACAGUGAUCUAGCAUUAGUGGUUUGUGGUAAGCAGAGAAGUGAUGGCUGCUUUUAAGUUGGAAUUCCUCCCAGAAAUGAUGGUGGAUCAUUGCUCCUUGAAUGCCAGCCCUAUCUCAAAGAAAAUGAAUGGCACACUGGAUCAUCCUGACCAACCAGACAUAGAUGCCAUCAAGAUGUUUGUGGGCCAGGUCCCACGGAGUUGGUCUGAAAAAGACCUGCGAGAACUAUUUGAACAGUAUGGUGCUGUCUAUGAAAUUAAUGUCCUGCGGGACAGGAGCCAAAACCCUCCUCAGAGCAAAGGGUGCUGUUUUGUUACAUUUUAUACCCGUAAAGCUGCACUAGAAGCACAGAAUGCUCUUCAUAACAUGAAGAUCCUCCCAGGGAUGCACCAUCCCAUUCAAAUGAAGCCAGCUGACAGUGAAAAGAAUAAUGCAGUGGAAGAUAGAAAGUUAUUCAUUGGAAUGAUCUCAAAGAAGUGCAAUGAAAACGAUAUCAGAGUGAUGUUUUCCUCCUUUGGGCAGAUAGAAGAAUGCAGAAUUCUGCGGGGUCCAGAUGGCCUAAGUCGAGGUUGUGCUUUUGUGACUUUUACAACAAGAGCUAUGGCACAAACUGCAAUCAAAGCAAUGCAUCAAGCACAGACCAUGGAGGGGUGCUCUUCUCCCAUCGUAGUGAAGUUUGCAGAUACCCAAAAGGAUAAAGAGCAGAAACGAAUUGCACAGCAGCUCCAGCAGCAGAUGCAACAAAUCAGUGCUGCCUCUGUUUGGGGAAACCUGGCUGGACUUAAUACACUUGGACCCCAGUAUUUAGCACUUUAUUUACAGCUCCUUCAGCAAACAGCAGCAGCAUCCUCUGGGAAUCUGAACACACUGGGCAGCCUUCACCCAAUGGGAGGGUUGAACGCAAUGCAGUUGCAGAGUCUAGCUGCAUUAGCAGCUGCAGCCAGUGCAGCUCAGAACACACCAAGUGGUACUACUGCACUCAAUUCUUCCAACAGUCCUCUAAGUGUGCUCACCAGCUCAGCAGGUUCAUCACCAAGUUCCAGUAGCAGUUCUUCAGUUAACCCAAUGGCUUCUCUUGGAGCACUACAGACUCUGGCUGGGGCUACUGCAGGCCUCAAUGUUGGCUCUUUAGCAGGAAUGGCAGCCUUGAAUGGUGGUUUAGGCAGUGGUGGCCUUUCAAAUGGCACAGGAAGCACAAUGGAGGCCCUGACUCAGGCCUAUUCUGGAAUCCAACAGUAUGCGGCUGCUGCAUUGCCCACACUUUACAACCAGAGUUUAUUAACACAGCAGAGUAUUGGUGCAGCAGGAAGUCAAAAGGAAGGUCCAGAGGGAGCCAAUCUAUUCAUCUAUCACCUCCCCCAAGAAUUUGGGGACCAAGACUUGCUGCAGAUGUUUAUGCCUUUUGGGAAUGUCGUCUCUGCCAAGGUUUUCAUUGACAAGCAGACCAAUUUGAGCAAAUGUUUUGGUUUUGUAAGUUAUGACAAUCCAGUUUCUGCACAGGCUGCCAUCCAGUCAAUGAAUGGAUUUCAGAUUGGCAUGAAACGACUGAAAGUACAGCUCAAGCGCUCUAAGAAUGACAGCAAGCCAUACUGAGCGCCCCUCCCCUCUGGAACUGGAGUGAGAAGGAUCUUCUGAUUCCUGCCGUUUGUUCAUCGUUGUGCCUAAAGCAUGUCGAUGUGGCGUUCAAGUACAUCGUCCAAAUCCUUGUCUCUUCAGCUUCUCUGAUGCUUGAACUCUCACCUUUUGACCUUGUGUUGACUUUUGAUGCUGAUGUGUAUUUUUAUUAUGUUUGUUUCUUCUUUCUUUUUUUCCUUUUUUUGUGCUGCCAAAUUGGUUUUGCUAGAAAGACUGCUGAAGGGGAAUAUUUAAACUUGCAUUUGAAUAUAAAAGAAUUCUAUUUUUCUAGAACUUCGUAAGAUAACCACUUGAUUUUGUGAUUCUGAUUCUUUGUAAUUGUCUUCAGAGCAGCCUUGCUAGCAUACCUUGUGGAGUAUUUGUAUUUCUGUAACAUACAGCCAAUCACUUUCUAGGCUUAGUUUUUUCUGUGUGCUUAGUUUUAAAACAAAAAUCUUUGAAGGAAAAAGUCAAAUGAUGCAACUAAAAACUUUCAGGAGGUGUCCGGUCACAUUUUGCUGAAUCUACAUUUUGUGCUUGGGGAGAUAGCAUGUAUUCUUUGACUUGAGUAGCCUCAGCAGAAAACACUUGAACUACACUUUCUCCUGAUUGUAGCUGCAUUUUUGCCCUGGCACUUACUACUUUUUUCCUUCUUGUGUGAUUAUCAGCCUUUGUCUGCAGUGAAAGUUUAAUCAAAGUUGAUGUUGUAUUUUGUUAAACCCUAGCAUGCUUAGUUUUUUGUAACUACAAUCUCCUCAGCAAAAUGUGAGAUUUUGUUUGUUUUUUCCUUUAAAAACUCAAGUAAUGCUCUUGUAAACGUUUUGCAUGUUUCCUGCUGUGUUCUUCACAAUCUUGUAUAUACACACACACACUCUUCACCUCUGUUUUCUAUAGUUUGUGCAAAAACUGAGCAAUUUAAUAAGUUUCAAAGCUAACUUUUUUUGAAUGCCAGACUUGUGGUCAUGUAUCAUGUUAGGACAUCUCCUGUGCAUUUGGACUGCUCUACAUAGUAUCUGCACCUUGUUCUACCAUCACAGCUAUGGAAAGAUCUCAGGGGGUUUGAUUGCACUGUUCUGGUGAUGGCAGCAGGGAUAGUCGAUAGAAGUUCAACAGAAAGUUGUGGGAUGUUUGCUGUAAUACUGCUUCUGAGAUCCAUUGGAGCUCAAGCUCUUUUGGAGUAGCCUUAAUUUGUACCUCUUAUAUAAUAUCUGGAUUGCUUUGUGAGUUUUAACACCACUAGAACUCAGUGACGCAAGCUGAAUUGCUCUCCACUCCCGAACACUUGAAGUAGUAUGUUCUGCAUUUCCUAUAGAAGGAAUCUGUAAGCCUAGGCUCAGAACUGCUGACUCUUUCUCCAAGCGAUAAGCACAAUAUAACAGCCUACUAGCUGUUGCCUAAACAGGGUACCAACCCCGGCUCCUUUUCUCAGGGGCCUUAGCUGGGGGAUCUCCUUUAUGGAGAUUUUUUUAAAGUUUUUGUUCUUAAAUUGGGCAAGGAGUCAUGCAGUUUUUUUUUCUUUCUUUUUCUUUUUGGUCUGAUGAAGAAAUAUAACAGAUUGUCCUUCUCUGGGAAAUGUGCCUCAGCCUUGCUACACAUACAAUCUAUUAUAGAACCUGAGACUUAAUACUGAGUUUCAUAAUUCUUGUAAGGAAGUCCUGUGGUAGGUGCUUUCUCACAAGGAGCAAAGGGAUGGGGAAGCCAUGAAGAAACUAAGAGGAAGAAGAUGUGUGAAGCAAAGCUUUUGCAGAUAGGGGUUUGUAGGAGGCCUAUCCAAGCCACAUGGAGUGUUACCUUGCCUCAUUGUUAGGGUCAAAAAUUCCCCACCCCCUUGUUGGGCAGAGUAGCACUUCUCCAUGCUUCUUAGAUAAAUACGCAUAGAUAGAUUUUCCCCUCAAUCUUAUGAUCUUGAGGGCAGAUGUUUUAUUGAGAAGGAUGUGGCUGCGUUAUCUGGGGUACAGCUGUGAGAUGGUGGCUCUUAGGCUCACAGUCACAAUGCACAGAGAUGUCUGAUAGCAGGGGAGUUGAAAACCUGCAUUGUAUAGAUUAAUUUUGCCAAUACAUUUCUUUACAAUGCUCAUACAGUUUCAUGAGGAACUCUGGAGAAUCCUGUGGAAUAAAAAUCUCUGGAGAAAACCAAAAUGCCAAACAUUGGAUGUUACUUUUCUUCUUUCCUUUCCUUCUUAGGUUGUUUUAAUUAUUCUGUGGUGGUUUUAAUGGAUUUGAGACAGUAAAGCAGCAGCUGCCUUUUAUUUCUGGCUGCUUUUUGUGAAUAAUUUAAAAAAAAGAAAAUUUACAUUUUGGAAACAAACCUGUGGGCUUUUUUAUUGGUACAAACAUUGUAUUUAACACUAGGGGUUUUGUACAGUUUUUUGCCUUUUCUACUAGAAAACAAUGUAAAGUGAUUCACAGAUGUGACAAGAAAACAAAUUGCCACUAUGACCAAAUGUAGAGUCUGUUCUGCAGUAACAGGAUUUAAUCAACUCAGAGUCGUGAUUCUGUUGUAGCAAUGCUUUUCUUUACCUUGUUUGAGCUGUUCUUUUUUCUUGUUUGAUUUGCAAAACGAAAUGUCCUUUUUGUGUGAAAUUGUGUUGUAUUCUGUAGAAAAUUAUGGAUUUUACUUUAAUGGUUUAAAAAUGGAAGCACAUGUUGCUUUUUUGAUCACGGAGUUUGUGUAGUGCAUUUAAAAAUGAAAGUUAUGUUACAAGUUUGGAACGAGCGAGUAUGUAUUAAGGAAUUUUCUUCCUUUUGUGUGUGGUUUCUUUUUGUCCCACUGGGGAACUUAAAGCUGUUUUAAUUGCACAGACACACAGAUAAGAAGUCAUUUUGUAUAUGCCAAGUGUGGUACCUCCCUUUGUUUAUUUGCUAUUAAACUGUUUGAGAAGAAA